CGGUCAUCUUAGUAGUAUAAUAAUUUAAAUCUUUUAAAGUUCGAAGGAAUAAUAAUUAAUAUCAGUAAUAUCUGAAUAUGAGUUUAUCUCCAAGAUCUGCCAUGAAAACCGGAAGUACCCUCACUUACAAAGCAGCAUGCUAUGAACGCCACCUGUCGACGUACAUGGAACAAAUGGAAUAUGAAUACAGAUGGGCCACUUCAAAGGUUACCAGAAUGAUCGGUGAUAUAAAUCGAAUGAGGGGACAGGUCUAUGAUUUAACAGCAGAAUAUUUAAACAUGAGAGAGAGGGCGAAGACUAUGGAGGUUGAGAGAAAACUUUUGUUAGCAGAAGACCGAGCAAGACGAACAAAUGAUACAGAAGAAGUAAAAUACCUUGACAAUUUGAUUGACCAUCUGAAUGAAAUAGGUAGUAAAAUACAGCUGAAACCUUGUAUAGUGACACAAGACACCAUCUUAAUCUCUUCUAAACAGAAUACCUCAGAAAACGUUUGAAAGAAACAGUAACAUACACUUCUUUUGGCAAUUAUCGAAAACAGUUUGUUGUCAAAGAAAGAUAAGCUUAUAAAUUGUUGUUCAUGAAAAACAAUGUCAUCAUUUGUAAAGUUGAUUUAGAUAUGAAAAGAGAGCACUUUUAACAAGACUGUGAUAUUGUUGUAUGCAUGUUUUUACAAGAAUCAAUACAAUUUUAAGCGAAUAUUUUUCAAUAAAAACAAAAGGACAACUGUCUACAAAUUUCAUUUAAUUUGUAAUUCUUUUAAACAACACAAUAAACAGUU